AUGUUACAAUGGAGUGUACCGAUAAUGCUCUGUAGUCGUCUGCCACUCCUUCGGCAAUGCCGUCGGGACGACUUGUAUUCACAAGGAAAAAGCAGAGCUGCACCGAAGUUGUGUAUUCAUGUGCAAGCAAGUGUUGAAGUGCUGUACUAUGUCAAACUACGCGGGGAUUUUAUUCGAGUUAGUGACCUAAUGAGAUCGAUCUCGUUGUUGCUACGAGCUAUGGUAUGUACAAUUGAAGAAGUUGCGAUUGGAGUUAUCGGUGACGAUACUUACAUAUGCGAUGUAUUGUGUUUCGAUAAGCGAUCAGCAAGAGUCAAUUUUUUGUUCCUAGUACGCAUCAAGCAAGCUGCACAACUUUUAAAGAGUAUUGGUGAAUUCUAA